UCGUGUUCCUUUUCUUUUCUUUCUCUCCCGACAGGCUGGUGAUUUUUCCUCACCGAGCUCGCAGCGCUCCACGAUGGCGGGCGGCGCAGAGAAGCGGCACGUUGCGGCGAUGCGAGAUGGAGCGGCGAUUCGGGAGGGCCGCCGCGCGGGUGAAGGCCGGGUUGCUCUAUCGCCGCUGACCUCGUUGUACCAGGAGCAGCCCAACCGUCCCCCUCAUGUCCAGGUGCUUUGCAAUCGGAUUUGCGCUUUCUGGCCGGAUUCCCUUCUCUGUUCGAACCCCAACACCCCCCAUCGGCCAUCAAGGCAUCAUCCCCAACCCCACCGCCGGGAUUCCACAGUAUUUCGCCGUCCCGCCGGCCUGCGUCGGAUUCCUCUAGUCGCGAGCGUGCAGGCGGCUUGCAACCACGAGCCAGGUACGAGCGAGAUGGAGGAGGAUGCAUCAGAGGUGGGCACGCAGGACAGCAGCAACCAAGGAGAAGCUCCGGCGCUGCCUGAGGAGCUCCUUACAGAGAUCCUCGCCCGGCUGCCGGCCAAGUCGGUCGGGCACUUGCGAUGCGCCUCCCGCGCGUGGCGCGCCACGCUCUCGUCUGACUACUUCGCCGACCUCCACUUGCGGCGCGCCAACCGGCCGGACCGCCCCAGACUGCUCCUCACAGCGGUAGGGUCCAGCUACGAUGCCCAUCUCCACUCUUGGUCUUGGCAGCCCGGUGGUGCGGUCGAGAAGCUCAUGCCGGACGAUUUUUCGGACGGGAUAAUCGUGCCUCUCGCCAAGCCUUGCCGUGGUCUUAUCCUCGUCCGGGGCACCGACUACGGCGGGUACUUUGUCUGCAAUCCUUCCACCGGUGAUGUCCUGGCUCUCCCAGAUAGUGAGGCGCCACUGAAGAUGAUUUGGCGGCCUUCGAAACAUCCUGAACAUCCCCCGCCAUUCUUCUUCGAGGUGUCUUAUGGCCUUGGUUAUUGCGCAGUGAAAAGGGAAUUUAAGGUAGUGCGUUUGUUCUGCUAACCUGAUAGCGAAACUGGCAUGGCCAACAGGCCAAGUCCACAUGCUGUGAGGUGUUUGUCCUUGAUAGGCCCGCAUACUGGAGGCCAAUAGCUGAACAGCCUCCCUUGCGUUGGGUGGACGAGAAGCAUCCAGCUAUUUUCUUAAACGGGUGUCUUCACUUUCUUUGCCGUGAUGGUGGCAUCGUCACUUUCAGUUUCAGUAUCAACGAUGAGACCUUUGGUUCGUUGCCGCCACCAUCAGGUUUCAAGGAUGCAGCAUCUAUAAUGACAGAGCUGGAUAGGUGCUUAUGCUUGUGCUAUGGCGAACCAGAUAGUGAAGAUCUUUAUCAUGUAUGUGUCCUAAGAGAUUACAACCAAUGGGAGACUCUGAGGAACGAGAGUACUCUUGCUUGUGAUGAGUGAAUUGUCAACCGUGCGGUAUGAUCGUGCGCUUGGUCUUU